AUGUCCAAUAAGACAGAGAGCAGCAUGAAGAUGGUGGUUGCAGGUGCGGCAGCUGCCGUUGCAGCAAGCUCUGUGUCUCAGGCUUUUGUGGCAUCGCCUGCUCCCCGAGCAUCCCCAAUCCAAGCAGAGGCACUGUUGCAGUCAAGGAGUGCUCCUUCCUCCCGUCAGGGUUCAGGCUUUGGUGCAGCAACCCUCGCUGUUGGUGCUGUCGCUGCUGUGGGUGGCCGUGGGUUGUUGUUGCAGCGUCGAGCCACCGCCGUGAAGAAGAAGGGCGUGCGAGUGGUUGAGGGCAAGGAGAUCCCCUGGAAUCUCUUCAGCCCGAAGGCUCCGUAUCAGGGCAGCUGCAUCAGCAAGGAGACCAUCACCAGCAAGACGCCACUGGUGAACUGGGAAACUUGCCACGUCAUCAUGGACCACGGUGGCAAGGUGCCAUACAUUGAGGGACAAUCCAUUGGAAUCAUCGCCCCGGGUCCUGACAAGAAGGGUGAGACUCCUGCAAAGAUCCGUUUGUACUCCAUUGCAUCCUCAGCACCGGGGGAUGACGAGACCAGCAAGACUGUGUCUUUGGUGGUGAAGCGGGUUGUUGAGGUCGCUGGCAAGGGCUGGUGCGAAUACUCCAAUGUCCCCAAGGGUAAGGACCCUGAAUUCCCUGAUGCCGAGAAGGUGUACCGUGGUGUUUGCUCGAGCCACAUUUGUGACAUGAAUGCUGGAGAUGAUGUGAUGAUCACCGGCCCAACAGGAGCAGAGAUGCUUCUGCCAGAGGACCCCGAGGCCAACAUGAUUUUUAUGGCCACGGGUACCGGCAUUGCUCCAUUCCGCUCUCACUUGCGCUAUCUCUUCCACGACAGAGUUUCCAGGGGCAAGUUCAAGGGCGUUGCAUGGCUGUUCCUUGGCGUGCCUUACUCCGAGUCCUUGCUCUACGAUGAGGAGUGGAAGGAGAUGCAGGCCGAGUUUCCGGAUCAGUUCCGCUAUGACUAUGCCAUCUCUGGCGAGGAGAAGAGCGACAAAAACAAGAUCAAUGGGGAGAUGUGGGUCCAGCACAAGAUGAUGGAGCACGCCGACGAUCUCUGGGAUCUGGUUAAGGAUCCCAAGACCCACGUGUACAUGUGCGGCCUGAAGGGCAUGGAAAGCGGCUUUGCAGAGUGCUUCCAGGAGCGUGUCGAGGCUGAGGGCAUGGUCUAUACAGAGUUCUUGAAGGGGAUGAAGAAGGCCAAGCGCUACCAUGUCGAGGUCUACUGA